AUGUUGUUGGGCCGUUGUGGACGCCAGGCCUCGCGCCUGCUCCCGCGCACUGCAAGCUCCGCCGCCAGGUCGGCUGCCAUUCCUCUCCAACUCCGCCCAGCUUCGGCUCUCCUGGUUCGACAGCCCAUGCAGGCUCGUGGUGUCUCCUCUUCCAGUCGGGAGGGACAGCAGAACUUGCUCUCCGCACCCCUCGAGGAGGCCGACCCCGCCAUCCACGACAUUCUCCAAAAGGAGAAAAAACGCCAGCAGCAUUUCAUCAACCUGAUCCCCUCCGAGAACUUCACCUCGCAAGCUGUUCUCGAUGCGCUGGGCAGCGUCAUGCAGAACAAAUACUCCGAGGGAUACCCCGGUGCCAGAUACUACGGAGGAAACGAACACAUUGACGCGUCCGAGCGACUAUGUCAGCAGCGCGCCCUGGAGACAUUUGGCCUCAACCCGGAGGAAUGGGGCGUGAACGUCCAACCGCUAUCCGGCUCCCCGGCCAACCUCUAUGCUAUCUCCGCCAUCCUAAACACGCACGACCGCCUGAUGGGCCUGGACUUGCCCCACGGUGGCCAUCUGUCCCACGGCUACCAGACCCCCACCAAGAAGAUCUCCUUCAUCUCCAAAUACUUCGAAACCCUGCCUUACCGCCUCGAUGAGACUACCGGUCUCAUUGACUACGACAGCCUGGAGAAGCAGGCCCUCCUCUACCGCCCCAAGCUCAUCAUUGCCGGUACCUCGGCAUACAGUCGCCUAAUCGACUACCCCCGCAUGCGCCAGAUUGCCGACGCGGCCGGCGCGUAUCUGCUGAGUGACAUGGCCCACAUCUCCGGUCUGGUGGCCGCCGGUGUGCUCCCGUCGCCCUUUGCCCACUCGGACAUCGUGACGACCACCACACACAAGUCCCUGCGGGGUCCCCGCGGAGCCAUGAUCUUCUACCGGAAGGGGAUCCGGCGGACAGACAAGAAGGGCAACCCGGAGAUGUACGACCUGGAGAACCCGAUCAACGCGUCCGUCUUCCCCGGACACCAGGGUGGCCCCCACAACCACACCAUCACCGCCCUGGCGGUGGCACUGAAGCAAGCGCAGUCGCCCGAGUUCAAGACCUACCAGGGAACGGUUUUGUCCAACGCGAAGGCCCUGGCAGAGCGUCUGGGCAACCCGCUUAGCAACGGCGGCCUGGGAUACAACAUCGUCUCCGGUGGCACGGACAACCACCUGGUCCUGGUGGACCUGAAGAACCGUGGCGUCGACGGCGCGCGCGUGGAGCGGGUGCUGGAGCUGUGCGGGGUGGCCAGCAACAAGAACACGGUGCCGGGUGACAAGUCGGCGCUGAAGCCCGGGGGUCUGCGUCUGGGUACGCCGGCCAUGACGACGCGGGGCUUCCAGCCGGAGGACUUCCGCCGGGUAGCGGACAUUGUCGACCGGGCGGUGAUCAUCACGCAGAAGCUUGACAAGGCGGCCAAGGAGAGCGCGACGGCCAAGGGAGUGAAGAACCCGAACACGGUCAAGGCAUUCCUGGACUACGUGCGCGAGGGCGAGGAGAUCCCGGAGAUCGUGUUGCUGCGCCAGGAGGUGGAGGACUGGGCGGCCUUUGCAAUCGACUCCGUACUGGGUAACGAACUAACCACUCACCAGCUCUACACCUACCCCAUCAAGUCCCUCCAAGGGGUCCCUUUGACCACCGCCAAACUCACCACGCGCGGCUUCCCCUACGACCGCCGCUUCAUGCUGUUGAAAGUCAUCCCCGGCGACGACAAUGGCUCCGAAACUCUUCAGAACAUGCACGUCCCUCACUUCCCGGAGAUGUCCCUCUUCCACACGGAUCUCAUCAACCCCUCCGAUGACGGCACGCAACCGGGCCGAAUCAUCGUGACGUAUCGACCGCCCGGCGACGAGGCGAAGAUCCGAACCCUCCAAGUCCCCCUGCAGCCGGACGCCCGGGGCCUGGAGGAAUUGGCCAUCGUGAUGCACCAGAGUCCCACCAAGGGAUACAACAUGGGACCAAGAUACAAUGACUGGUUCAGUGCAUGUUUCGGAUACCGUGUGGUGUUGGCAUAUUUGGGCCCGCAUUCGAGGCGCGUAUUGGGGACUUUUGCGCCGGAGAAAAGUGCUGCGCAUAAGGGGCGUCGCAGGACGGGGGUGAAUAUUAUCGCUACUAAUAAUGAUAGGGAUCAUGGUAAUAAGAGCUGGGUGAGCAUGAGGGCCGUGGGCGGGCUGGCGUGUGUGACGCUGUUGUUGAACUUUGUUGCCACUGCCGGUGCCGGGGAGGUAUCAGCGAUGGCGAUGUUGCCUAGUGUGGUGGCUACGGCGAUGGCCGUGGCUCUGUCGAUGGUGAUUCGGUAUGGGGGUAAACGGGGCAGAGGUGAAGGCAUCACCUUUGCAGAUACGGCACCGUACUUGCUGGUGUCGCAGACGUCGGUGGAUAACGUGUCGGCGCGGCUGGCGGGCGACGAGGAGAUGGACGUGACCAAGUUCCGGCCGAACGUGGUGGUGGCCGGGGCGGAGACCGCGUUUGAGGAGGACUUUUGGGCGGAAGUGCAAGUCGGACGCGAUGAGCAGCCGGCGAGGCUGUUGCUCACGGCCAACUGCGUCCGGUGUCAGAGUCUCAAUGUCGACUACGCGACGGGGAAGAUGGGCACGGGGGAGAGCGGCACAGUGCUGAAGAAGCUGAUGAAGGACCGUCGGGUCGAUAAGGGAGCCAAGUUCAGCCCGGUGUUUGGCCGGUAUGUGUUUCUGGACAGUGUUUCGGAGGGCCAGAUGGUGCGUGUGGGCGAUGAGGUUGUGGUGUCGAGGCGGGCGGAGGAGCGAAUGGUAUAUGAGGGUAUGUGGCGCUGGCGGUGUCGACACCGUCUGGGACGUCGUUCUUGUCUCACUCUCACUCUCACUCUCUGUCGCUCACGCCCUCCGAAAGAUCUUCCUCCUCUUCAACCACCGUCUCGCUUGGCUUUCUUCUCAUUCUUCAACCCCUUUUGGCCCCCUGCAUAUCCCACUACAUCCCUCACAUCACACACCUCCCCGCUAAAGCCUCAUCUUCCCCCCCGUGGUCAUUUUCCUAUCGCGCAUCGAUCCAUACUUCAGCCCCUCCUAUCCGUCUUUUCUCGUCCGCUUCCCUCCCCCCGCGGGGUCAUGGACUACUCCGUCAACCUCCGCCGCAAGGAUACCACCAAGGGUCCGCCCUUGAGGAUCCUCUCGCUGGAUGGCGGCGGCGUGCGUGGUUACUCCAUGCUUAUCAUCCUCCAAGAACUCAUGUACCGCAUCUACGUCGAAUGCGAAGGCAAAGCCCCCCGUCGCGAUGAGAUCCCCAAGCCUUGCGACCACUUCGACCUGAUCGUCGGCACCGGCACCGGCGGUCUGAUCGCCCUCAUGCUGGGUCGUCUGCGCCUCGACCUCGAGACCUGCAAGGACGUCUACGUCCGCAUGACCCGCCGCGUCUUCGAGACCGACAAAACUAUCGCCGGCAUCCCCUUCCGCUCCACUCUCUUCAAGGCCUCCCGCCUCGAGGAGGCCAUCCGCGAAUGCGUCCGCGAACAUACUGUCUUCGAGGCCGAGGGCAACGAUAUGAGCCCCACUGGACGGAAUUCCCUGGGCAGCCCUCCGUUCAGCCCAAAUUCCAUGUCGAUUCCCCAGCGCUCGGGGAGUCGGGCCAGUUUCAGCACCAACGCUUCACAUUCGUCGGGGCACGGGAGCCAGCGCAAUUCUACCUUCGUGAAUGGGCUGCGCUGGGGGAAUCCGGAUGCGCUGCUGUAUGACAACCGCGAAUAUCGUACGAAGACUGCUGUGACUACACUCUACAAGGGCACCACUAGCCGCAACGGCUCAUCCGUCUUCCUACGGUCCUACGACUCGCGCAAAGAACCCCCACCCGAAUUUAACUGCACCAUCUGGCAAGCGGGCCGCGCCACCUCGGCCACAGGGAUGGCCUUCAAACCCAUCCAGAUCGGCCAACACGUCUUCAUCGAUGAGGGGGCCGGCACCUAUAACCCCGCGCCACAGGUCCUGGAGGAGACUAUCAACGAGUGGCCCGGUCGCGAGGUGGGUGCGUUCGUCAGUGUGGGCACCGGCAAGCGGCCCCCGGGCACGAACAAUCGGCAGCACGAGUGGUGGGAGGACUUUUUCGGGGAUGCGCUGGGCACCUUUGCGGAGGCGCGCCGGCGUCUCAUCGCUAAGAUCGAGGGCUGCGAGGACAUCCACCUGGCGAUGCUGCGCGACCAUCUGGCCAAGCGCAACGUCAAUAAGGACAACUACUACCGACUCAACGUCGAGGUGGGUGUUGGCGAGUUUGGCAUGAACGAAUGGAACCGGCUGGCCGACAUCAGCACCAACACCCGGCGCUAUCUGACGCGACCGGAGGUGAAGCGACAGAUUCUCGACGCGGGCGUCAAAUUCGCCAAGAUCGAGCGCCAGAACCGUCGCCUGGCCGAGCAUGCGGCGGCGGGCCAUGAGCAUCCGUUCGACGACAGCUCCUCCAUUCUGCAGAGUCCCGUGCUGUCGGUGCCGCCGCCGUCGAACCCGAUGGCCGUGGAGCUGCCCGCCGAACUCCCGGGCGACUUUGUGCCAUAUCAUAUCGUGACGGAAGACGCCCUGCCGGCGCAUCCGACGCCGCAGGAUGGCCUCCAUCCCUCUCCGGCGCGGGUAUCCGGCGAUUUGAGCCCGACAGGCAGUCGGCCCAGUUCACAGGCCUACGGGUCAUCGCGACCCAGCAUGGAGCAUGUGCAUGAUGGCCACCCCCCGCCGGUGCCCCCCAAGACGCCCAUCCCGUAUCCGUCGGAGUAUCCUAGUGAGCUGGGCGGGAUCCCGAUGCCGAUGCCGCUGGCGAUACACCAUGGGACGAGUGGGAGCGGGAGUGGCAAGGUGCGACCGCCGUAUCCGGUGGACGAGCCGCCGGUGGUGAACAAGCAGCGGAAGCCCAGCUAUCACGUACGAUGA